AUGACCGUACAUUCUGUACUAUGGCAUUAUACAGCAGAUAUGAAAUUAAUUAACAGAUGGACUACUUAUUCAUUUCGUUUUCCAAAUAUGUGUGAUUCUGAUUUAUACAAAACAUUUAAUAUUAGUGCUAAUCUCUUUCAAAAGUCAACGAAACCUCGUCAUCGUUCAAAUAAUUGGUAUGUUUAUAUAGGGAAGCAAUUACCGAAAUAUAUUGGACGAUAUUUAUCUAUUGAAACAAUUGUUCAAGUUGAAUAUCCUCCCAUAAUAAGGCUAUUUGUCAAUCAAGAUGAACAACGAAUGGAUAUUUAUUUUUAUUUCAAAUCCAUCAGUACAAAAAUUACAAUUACUUUCGAACCACCAACUUUUAAAUAA